AUGACGGCGAAACAGUACACUCGGGCAUUUAAAACCUACAAGAUAGGUAUCAACCUACUUCGAGGGAGCGCAAGCGUUUCCAAACCUUUGUAUCCGCUCUCUGAGACCGAUUCUCCUCCCAAAGCGCCCUUUUCCCCGGAGGCUUGCAACCUUUUGGUCUUAUGUGAAGCAAAUGCUGCACUCUGUUUGCUUCGGUUAGCUCUUCUUCCACACGACUCCAAUGGUGAAUUGAAACGAAAUCCAAAAGACACUCAGAAGCUCCUCCGGUUGUGUACAAAGCAUUGCCACCGAGCCAUUGAGCUGGAUCCAGGAUACGCCAAAGCUUGGUUUCGUUUGGCGAAGGCGCUGGCGGAACUUGGCGAUUAUGACGAGGCAGUUGAAGCUGGUCAGAAAUGCCUUGGAAGUUUGAAAAAUGCUGGAGUAUCUACAUCCGGAACUCUCGUCUCUGAAGUGAAUUCCUUUCUUGCCAGAUGGCGUGUUGAAGCUGAGAAAUCCAACUCUGCCGAACGUUCGGCUGUUCGGAGUGCUGUAUUGCGACGGUACAACGGUGACUAUUAUGCAUGGUCCGACGACGAAGAUGAGGUUGAAAAGCUACCAAUUUCGGUGUGGUCGAACAGUCUCGCGGAGAAUAUGAUGUCUUUGCACGAAGAACUUGAAGCCUUCGGAGAGAAAAUGCCGGAGCCAAAAUCUUCCAGGUCCCGCACAUCGCGCCGUUUGGAGCCAGUUCCGGACGAAUACUCAGACGAGGAGAAAUUCGAAUGAAUUACCAUUAUACUCCUGUAUAUAUUCUAGUUUCCUGCACAUAUUUUCAUAUACAUAAUAUUAUGAGUACUACUCAA